GCACGGGUGGGGGCAGACGUGGGCGCAGCCCUCCCUCGCCAUGGAGAACGGCUCGGGUUGAGGCCGCCCGCGGUGGUCGCUCUCCCGCGGAGCCGCAACCGGGCGGCCGCAAGUCACGCACGCCGAGAAGGGCGCCGCCCUCUGCUGCUCCGCCUCCUUCCCUGCCACACGGCCGCGCCUCCGCCCGCCCGCCCGCCUUUCCCAAACAGGCGGUCGCCUCGAUCCGCAGCCAGCUCCUCUCCGGCGCCUCCUCGCCUCAGGGAGUCCCGCUCGCCCCGAGCUCCGGAGGCGCAGAUGUGGCGCUGCGGCGGUGCGCCCCGUCGGUGCCGGUGGGGCUGGCCGAGGCGGACGGGGGCAUCGCCGCCCAGAGGUCGCUGGCCGCUGUGAGAUCGCGCUCGGGGGCACAACCAGGGGAGAAGAGAAGUCAGUGGGCUCCGCCCGGGCCACAUCGCCACCGGGCGCGCGCACAAAGCCGCGCCGAGACGCCUCCCCUCCGCCCCCAGCCAGCGCCAAGGUGAGGAACCCUACUUACCCCAUUCACCACAGACUGACCAGAGCGGCCUGUUUCCCGCUGGCCAUCAUGCACUCCCUGGAUGAACCACUUGACCUCAAGCUGAGCAUCUCCAAGCUCCGAGCCACCAGGGAGAAGGGCGACAAAGGCCUAGGCAGCACCAAGCGCCGAGGCCUGCACCAGGAGUUCAGGGUCCUGGAGGAUGGGACCACUGCGCCGAGCCCCGGCUCACCACCUGACAGCCUCCAGGCACCCUCCAAAGGGCACGACCGCUUCUCCUCGCUCCCCACCGUCGACCUGAGCCUCUCCCCUCCUUCCGGCCGGGAUUCUCCCAGUGGCAGCACCUCGCUCUCCCCGGACAGGCCAAGCAGUGGGGAGCUAGUGAACUCCUCGACCCUCCGAGAGCUCCAAUCCCUGCGCUACAUUGAAGGCCUCCACCGUUCCUUCCAGUUCUUCCUGCCCUUGAGCUCAGGGGGCGCCUUGCACCUGCCUGCCUCAGCUUUCCUCACCUCUCCCAAGGAGAAGCGGCUCUCUCCCACCCUCCCCCUGCAGAAGCAGCUGGUGUGUCGAUGGUCCAAGUGCAACCAGCUGUUCGACCUACUACAAGAUCUUGUGGAUCACGUCAAUGACUUCCAUGUGAAGCCGGAGAAGGAUGCUGGCUACUGUUGCCACUGGGAAGGCUGCGCUCGCCACGGCCGGGGCUUUAAUGCCAGGUACAAGAUGCUGAUCCAUAUCCGGACUCACACCAACGAGAAGCCGCAUCGCUGCCCAACUUGCAACAAGAGCUUCUCCCGGUUGGAAAACCUCAAGAUUCACAACCGCUCCCACACAGGUGAGAAACCCUAUGUCUGCCCCUACGAAGGAUGCAACAAGCGCUACUCCAAUUCGAGCGACCGCUUCAAGCACACCCGCACCCACUAUGUGGACAAGCCCUACUGCUGCAAGAUGCCUGGCUGCCACAAGCGCUACACGGACCCCAGCUCUCUCCGCAAGCACAUCAAGGCCCACGGUCACUUCAUCUCCCAGGAGCAGCAGGAGCUGCUGAAGCUUCAGGCCCCCACCAAGCCCCGACCUGCUCCAGCCGACCUGCCCUACAUCAGCGGGGCACAGCUGGUCAUUCCCAACCCUGCUGCCUUCUUUGGGAACCACGGCUUGCCCCUGCCUCUCACGCCCGCCCCACUUGACCUCAGCUUCACCUGCGGGGGGAUUGGCCUGCCUGGGCCCAUGGUGGCACCCCUGAACUUGGCCAAGAAUCCACUCCUGUCCUCUCCUUUCACAGCUAGCAGCCUGGGGCUGCCCGUCGUAUCUCUGCUUGCUGGGGCUUCUGCCAAGACCGGCGCUGAGAGAAGCCACCUGGGCUGCAGCCCUAGGCUGCCGAAAGGCUCUGAGAGCUGCAAGGAAGCCAACGAGCGGGCAGAGCUGGCCAGGCGGCGGUCUCCCUCAGAGGGCCUCUCGCUGCUUCCAGGGGGAGUCCUGGACCUGUCAACAGGUGUGAACUCUGGGGGGAGCGCCGAUGUCCUGCCGCCGGGCUGGGUAGUGAUCCCAGCGGGCUCUGUUUUACCGAAGCAAGCUGUGGUAAACUGAGGAGGGUGGGAGUGCCUUUGGGUUGCCCUGGAGAAACCGGCAAGUGGCCCGGGUGACAGAGCAGGGGGCUGUUGUUGCCUCACUGGCCACUUUCUGCCUCAUGAUGGUGCUGGGUGCGGGGGAGGAAUAGGGGCUACAGCUCUUCUGUAGAGCAUCUCUGUGCCUUGAAGCUUGGAAGAAAAAGAGCGCCAUUUUGGGCCAGAAGGGUGCCUCUCUGCCCUCUUGCCUUGCGCUGUGCUUUUGCCGUUGGCCCCGGGGCAUUCUUACCUUUGGUUUCUAACUCACGAGGGAAGAGCCCGGCUCUUCCGAUAGAAGCAAUAAAGGCAGCAGCCAAGAGCGGCAGCCCAGAGAUUCAGCCACGCUCUCGACUAGCCCUGUACCCAAACCCUGCCCUCCCCCGCAGAAGCUGAGAGCCGUGCUAAGGCCCCACAGAGGACGGUUGUUCCUUGGAGAGCCUCUGGCCAGCUCCACCCCCUCUCGACUCCUUCCUGGUGCUGGUCUCUGCUCACUUCCUGCUGUAGGCUGCCCGUUUCUGGGUGGGUGGGAUUUCUCUACAAAUAUCUCUGGCAGAAAUGCUUCAGUAGCCAAGACUUCCCUGCCCUCCACUUUGGGGCUGAAGCCAUCUCUCUCUGUGUUCAUUCUUCACUAGACAGGUGAAAAUGGCAGGCCCAGGAUCCAUGCUGUCCCCCAGCUUAGGGGGCAUAUGACCAGCCCCAGAGACUGCUCGACCUAUGCCUGAGAGCCAGCAGCUGCAGGGCCUGUAUGGGGGCAAUUGAUGGCAUGCCUCUGUUUGCACAGAUAAGAGACCUACUUUGGGUUGUGCUUGCUCUCCAUCAUCCCCCACCCUGGCUUGCAAGCAGCCCCCUCCCUGGCUGCCUCUUCCCUCUCCUUCCUGACAAGGCAUGCCAAGGAGGUAUGCUGCUUCCUGGACCCCUUUCACUGACGUGGAGGAAGUGAAAUAUUCACUUCCCCCUAUUAGCAGGUUUUUUUACAUUAAAGCUGCAAAGUAACAGGCAGAACUGUGGGUGGCAGGGGCAGCCCACAUGCUGGCAUCCUCCUUCCAUCCCCUCCCAGCAGGCAGGGCUAUGUGCUCCAGAACAGCUUGUAUAGGUGGCAGGUCUGAACUGCUGGGAAGCACCUGUCUGUGGAACUGCUCUUCCUAAGAUCAACUGGUGAUUGGGACAAGGUUUGGGUGAAAGAUGGCCCCUCCCCUCUUGGGAAGUUCCAAGCAAGUUCACUUCCAUUCGGCCAGAAGGGAUUGGGGCAUCCCCACCCCCACAGCUGAAGAAAGAGAAUGUGCCCAAGAGCUAGUGAGUGUGUCUGACAUUUCCCUCAACCAGUGAACAUGCUAAAGGGCCUUGGCUCAGGCAUAUUGAGAGAUCUCUUGGUAGGCUUAGAGAGAGAACAGACUUGUGCUGCUUGGAACCCAUCAAAUGCUGGGCCACCCUUUUGCACAGCAAUACAUGGUGGUAUCUCGAGAAGGAAGUCCCAGGAAUACACUUUGAGUCAGGUGAGCCAGAGCCCAAAAGGGGGCUGUGUUCUUGGGCCUUCAGUGCUUGCCUCCUGGCCUGACCUCUGGGAGAAGAAGCUGCUAUCCCAACCUCCUAGCAUUGGCUGGUUCUUUCCUCCCACUGGCAGUGACGCCAGCCCCCCGCCAUGCCCCCCUUUGACUUAGCCGUUCCAUGCUGGAGGAGCCCACAUAGCUCUUGACUGCCCCCCACUUUGGUGGGGUCACUCUGUGUCUUGGUUUCUGUACAAGGGGGUCCCCCAUGUACCUCUCCCCAUUCUUGCAGUGGGAUCCCUGCUGUGGGCUUCCAUCCUGGUGGGCUUCAACCUCACCUUCUGCCAGUUCCUCUCUGCUGCAUCUGCUGGGCAAAGAGGACCUCGUGACAAUGCUCCUGCCACACAAAGUUGUCUGGGUGCUGCGGGGGGAUGCGCUACACCCAGCCAGGGAGCUGGCCUCCCGGCCGUGAGCUGCAUCUUGUGGGACUGGCAACAGAGCAGAGCUCCCAGGGGCAAUUCUGGCCCCACGUGUUUUGUCCGGAUGACCGACCAGCCUCCCCGGCUGGUGGACUUUUCCCUUUUGUUUGCUGUCUGUCCCCUCCGAGAUCUCUGGCCAUCAGUAUUUUAACACUUCCUAAGUGCCUUUUGAUUGUAGUUUGUUGUUUUGUUCUCUCUCCUUUCUUCCGUCAUUGUUAGCAUAGUUUAAAACAGAAAGAGAUAAGCUAUGACCUCACCCUCUGCUCCCCCAAGAGAGAGGAUGUUUAUCAAGGAAACAAUAAAGUGAAUCCAAAAGCUU